GAAACACUACAAGUAGAAAAUCCACUUGAUUUCCCACCCGCCUCCUCCCCAACUAAGGCUAAUUUCUCAAGACUACAUGAAAUAAAGGCUAGGCAUAGCUACACCACUCAAAUCAUUAAAGAAGACUCUCGAUCACACAGCCAUUAGCGCUACUGAAAACAUCUCUUGCCCCUUGCUUUUAGCUUUCUAUUGUCUGCUCAUGACUUCCUUGAUAGCAAGCAGCAGGUCCCAUGAACUUUAACUCAAUGGUAUUGAAGUCAAACUCUAAAUGCGUGAAGUUUUGAUUUUGAGUAACUACUAAUUUCAAUGCUAGAACUGCCCACUUAAAUAGUAAGUUAUCAUGACUGGUUCUUUAUCCCAAGCCAGUCCACUUGCAUUAGCAGGCCACUUUUUGUGAUGCUCUGAAACAGCCACUUGGCUUUGAAGUGGUGACAGAUUUUGGACAAUUCGGACUGGCAGUUCUAUCUUUUGGUUUUUCUGAUUUGGAGGAGUACCUUUCUUUUGUUUGUUAAAAUCAAUUUGGUUCCUUCUUUUUUGGCCUUUUGCUUUAUUUUUUCGGGUUUCUAAAUUGCAUGGUAUUUUUUUCUUUUAAACUUUAAGCCAAAGACCAGUAUAGUGGCUAAUUGGCAGAGAAGGUAAAAAGGGUGAGAGAGCAUAACAAUGACCUUGGGUCCUCGGGGAUUGAAAACAAAAAUGUUCAAGCACAGGGCUAAGUUCCACACGCGCGCGCACAUAUAUUCAAAGGGUCUAAGUCCACCAUCUCGCCACAAUAUUUAUGUAUGGAAAAGGAUAGCAAUCAAAGGACAGAAACAGGAAAAUUUUACUCUUUACUUCAGUUAUAAUAGAGGCAUCACUUUGUUUGAAAGAAACCCAACAACCAAUACAUCCAACUCAGAGAAUCAGAGGUUGCUUAUAUAAGAAUUUGAGUGUUAAUACCAAAUUAAAGUUAGUUAUUGCUAAUAUUAGUUUUUUUUUUUAAUGGCACGUGGAGUGAUUGAAACGCAAAAAAAGAAAAAAAAAAUUCCCCUCUAAUGUGCAAGAAAAAUAUUUUCUACAAUCAUUUGGGAAGAUUGGAUUUUUGCUUCUUUGUCAAGUCAGUUGCUUCCAGUCUCAAUAGCCCUUUUAGGCCUGCUUUGACCUAUGAGUUUGCUAUGUGCAGCUAAUCUAUUGAUAAUUUUUAGAGGGAAGGGGUGGUCAUUUUCAAUUUUAUUUUAAUUGAUUGUGUGAUCAUUAUCAGCUAACAAGGUCUAGAAUUUCAAGAAUUUAAUUUCUGGAUGUUUCUCUCUUGCAGUCUUGAUCAUUCUAUUGACUAAUAGAGUAGUGUCCUUGCAAUUUCCAAAGUCACUUGCAGAUGAAUCAUGCUUCAACUGGAACUCAUAAGUAAAGCUCUACCAGAGCAAUGCUUCAUCAUCCAUGAAUUUUUUAGGAAAAUUAAAAAAAAAAUUGAAUAUGAGGCCACCUUCAUGUGGGUUUAGAAAAUACAAACUCAAUUCAGUCUACGAGAAUUUGAGUGAUAUGUUCCAUGCAACUGAAGUUUAAGACUAAAGUCCAAAGCAAUGUUUUUGUAGUAAAAGACAAUACAGAUUUAAGUUCAAAUUCCACAUUUCUAUUCAAACCCAAAAUUCAUUCACUAUUGAACAGAAAUUAAACUUUCUAUAUGCAUAUGUAUAUAUAGGAUAUCAACCUUUGCUUCAUUCUCACCAAUUGCUACACCAAGGAAGCCAAAUUGUUAUCCCCUCGUUUUGGCAGUGGUUUUUCUUUCAGGUUCUUUGUGUGUUAGAGCUGCAAAUGAGUAUAUAUCAGCAGUGGGCGAUCGGAAAGAUAGUCCAAGAUUGGCAAUAGAGUCAUGGAAUCAGUGCAAUGAGAUUGGAGUGGAAGUUCCUAAUAUGGGCAACCCAAGAGCUGCAGAUUGCUUUGACAUAUAUAAAGGCUUCUCGACGGGCAGAAGUGAAAUAUUUGCAGCUAUGGAUUAUUUUCUAGCAAGAGUUAGAACUCAUGUGGAUUUGCAAUUUGAGAAGAACUGCUCUAUCUGCAGUUUGCUGCCUGACAUGUUGGUCCACAGAGUCACAAAGGAAGACAACAAACUAGGUGUUGAAGACCCUUUUCUUGGAGUGCAAUUAAGGUCCCUUUAUGAUGUAAAUCUUUAUGCUACGGAGAAGGAACUAUACUUAGGCUCUAAAUUUCAAGUUGAAGACACCCCAAAUCCAUAGCAAUUUGGAUGAUCAUGCUAAAGAGUGGGAACAUGGACAAUUAUGCAGCCAAGUGCCCCAAAAAUGGCCAGAAAGUGCGACCUUUCGGCCCUGAUUCUGAGUUCCCUUGCUUUGGACAAGGGUGCAUGAAUCAACCAUUUAUUUAUCAUGACUAUACUACUCUGCAAGGGCCUAAUAGGACUGCUCUUAAAGGUAAAUUUUAUGGUCUAUGGGAUUUGAAUGCUGAUUUAAGAAAAGGAUUGUUGAGUAACAUUUCUUACCAUUCUGU